UCUUGCCGCCUGACAUUUAUAUUGAGGUCGAAGAAGAUUUCCGACAACAGCUGUUAGCUAGCAUGCUACAGUUAUAUGAAUGUGAAGUUGAGCUAUAGUACUUUAGUAGUUUCCUCAAUUGUGUCUUUGACAAGACGAAUGGUUUGGUGCCGCGCUGCUUUUGUUCACCAUACACUGAGUGACCCUGAACACAUCACAUGACACGUUUGUUCCCGUGGAGGCUGACGGGGAGGAGCCACGAUGAACUUCCAAGGCAGUCGGAGAAGAGGCGAGGACGGCAUUGCCGUGGUGAUCAACUUCCUGCUGUCCAACGCCCGCCUGGUGUUGGGAGUGGGCGGAGCCGCCAUGCUGGGCAUCGCCACGCUGGCGGUGAAGCGACUGAUUGAGCGUGCGGGCCGCGCCGCCGAGGAGGAGAAGGUGGAGCAAAAGAUGUCCGAGAGCUGGGAGGAGCUGAGCUUGGUGUCGUCGUCGCCCACAUUGAUCAAGAAGGGUCUUGAGGGCAUGGUCAUGCAGCACGUCGCCAAGGCAACCGGAUCACAGAAAGCCGACCUCUGCGGACGAAGCCAAACAUCUUCUGAUGAACCCAAAGCUGAGCCAAAGUCCCACGGGGUCCACUCGUGUGUCCCCACACUGCAGGAUCGUCUGCUGCAGUUCUACCACACCCGGGCGGCGCUCUCUCCGUCGGAGGUCCACCGGGCUCAGUCUCGGGCUCUGGACAUCUGCACCGAGAUCCAAGGCUUCCUGCACAGCCGUCUAUCCGACAUGCCGCUAGGAGAGAUGAGCCUCGGCGGCUCUCUGCUGGACGACCUGCAGGUGGUCGGUGCAGACCAUGCGUGUCUGCUGGUGCCUCUGCAGCUGGAGGCUUCUCUGUGGCGUCUCAUCCCUGGAGAGGAGACGCUGCUCACACAUCCUCUGCACUGGAUGGUCCGACGUGUCAACAUGGAAUAUUUUCCCAGAGGACAAAGCUACUGGGACAGGUACCUGGUGGGCGGCUACUUGUCAGCAGAGGCUGUUGUUAACAUGUUGAGCAAAGCGGUGAUGGAAACCAUGAACUGGCCGUCCAUCAGCAGCACUUUGGACUGUCUGGUUCGACCGGUGCUGGGGGGCCCAGACCUGAGACUGGAGAUUGGGUGCACAAAAGAAAGCGGUUUAAGCGAACAGACGCUUUUUAUCUCCGUGCUGCCUCUCCUGAGGGAGGGUGACGUGGUUCUGACCGGCCAGCCCGAGCUCACCGCCCCCUGGAUGAACGCCUGGCAUCUGUCCCUCUACCCCCUGGAGACGCGGCGCCUGGCUCAGUUGGACGCGGCCGACGACGGCUGCCGCAGACUGACCCUCAAGCUGCUCAAGGCGGUGUGCCGACUCAACCCCGCCCUGCGCCCUCUGGACUCCGCCCCCCUGGCCAACCUCGUUCUGCACCUGAGCGAGCGCGAGGGCAACUGGAGCGAGCGGAGUCUGCACCUUCGCUUCCGGCAGUGCGUCGCCGAGCUCAUCGGCCACUUGGAGCAGGAGACCCUGCACAGCUACUUCAAGCCCACCGUCAACCUGCUGAGCGGACUGACGGACGACCAAGUGGACCAGAUGGGCUUCAUGCUGUACUGUGCCACCUCGGAGCCAGAAAUACUGCUCAUCUGACACGGUCCCAUCCUGACAAGGCGUGCCCACAAAUGGAAUCAUGAGGAUGUGACGCAGGACAAAGAUUAGGAAGUGUUCAUCAGGUGGAAUAGCUCUUUACAUGCAAGUUGCCUCAUUUUAUUCUUCUUGCUUUUAAACGUGCAAAUGUUUAUUUCCUUGAUGAGUGACAUAUUUUAUGGGAUGGAGUGAAAAUGACAAUAAAGCACUUGUUAAUA